UCUGGCAUCUGUUGCUAUCAAUCGCAGAUAAUAAUCCUCAGCCUCUCUGGUUAUCUCAUCAUCAUCGAUUACCACUCCACACUCUUAAUCGGACUUGUCGAGGAAACCCAUCCCAUGGAUCUCUGGACCCUUGACACGGCGAUUCGAAACCCAAUCUUGUCCUCGGCGAUCUCUGAGAAAUCGCUCUCAAGGAAAUUCGGUUCCGUGGAGAUUAGGUUUCUGAAGCGUAAACUUUCCACUUCUGGGCAUCGUUCCGUGGUUGUGAGAGCUACGUCGAAGAAGAGUAACGACGAUUCUUCUGCUUCUGGAGGAGAUGCUUCUCAAGAAAACAAGCCUUCUAAUGGCAACAAAUCAGGUACUCCAAAGCCGUUUGGUCUUAACACGGACUGGAGAGAGUUCAGAGCAAACUUGUUUAUGAAGGAGCAGGAAGAAAAAGCAGAAGCUGAGGGUAACAAACCAGCCACAACAUCUCCUGAUUCUGAACCAAGAGGCCUUAAAUGGGCACACCCGAUUCCUUUUCCCGAGACUGGCUGUGUUCUAGUUGCCACGGAGAAGCUAGACGGUUACAGAACAUUUGCAAGAACCGUUGUGCUUCUCCUUAGAGCAGGAACUAAUCACCCACAAGAAGGGCCAUUCGGAGUUGUCAUCAACCGUCCGCUUCACAAAAACAUUAAGCACAUGAAAUCAUCUAAAACCGAGCUCGCUACCACCUUCUCUGAAUGUUCCUUGUUCUUUGGUGGGCCUCUUGAAGCCAGCAUGUUCCUGUUGAAAACCGGGGAUAAAACCAAGAUUCCUGGCCUUGAAGAAGUCAUGCCUGGGCUUAACUUUGGUGCUCGUAACACUUUGGAUGAAGCUGCGGUUCUUGUAAAGAAGGGAAUACUUAAGCCACAUGAUUUUAGAUUCUUUGUUGGUUACGCAGGUUGGCAUCUAGAUCAGCUCAGAGAAGAGAUCGAAUCGGAUUACUGGCAUGUCGCUGCGUGCAGCUCGGAGUUAUUAUGUGGAGUUUCACCGGAAAACUUAUGGGAAGAGAUUUUACAGUUAAUGGGCGGUCAGUACUUAGAGCUCAGCCGGAAACCCAAGCUGGAUAUGUAGACGUUUAUAUUUUUAAAAUGAUGCUAGUUUCUAAGGCUUUUUUAUAAAAGCCAAAUGUAUAGCUUUACUUCACUGUCUUGUAUUUGCACUUCUAUAGUUAUAUGCUAUCUUAUGAGAUUUGCUUUCUGAAAACUAUGUAAUAACUAAAAAAACUUCUAUCUAUGAAUUGAGUUGCACUACU